GUUCACCUAGAAACAGUUUGAAGCUCAUGUAGGGGAAGCCCGAUACGCUCAUAGCGCGUAAAGAUCAGCUCACAACACGUGUGUUAUACGUGGGUCAAUAUUCAUAUUAAUCUGUCUGGAGUUUAUAUGAUAAAGGAUGAUGAAGAUGAGGAAGAUGAUGGCUGCAGUGUGUUUGUGUGUGACACUUUGUGUCUUCACGCCUGCUUUGGGAGGUGAACACUCACUGUUUUACACCUACACGGCUCUGUCUAAACCUCUCAAUCUGACUGGAAUCUAUGAGUUCACCGCACUGGGCAUGCUCGAUGACCGAGAACUCGACUACUACAGCAGUGAGACUCAGGUUAAGGUUCCUAAACAGGACUGGAUGAAGGAGAAGAUGGAAAAGGAUUACUGGGAUAAAGGAACUCAGUCCCGUAAGAGCAAAGAGCAGUGGUUUAAGGUCAACGUGGACAUCCUGAUGGAGCGAAUGAGACACAAUAAGUCUGACCUUCAUGUUCUUCAGUGGAGACAUGGCUGUGUGGUUAAAACUGAAAACGGAAAUAGUAGAUUUGUGAAAGGAAUUGAUGAGUACAGCUACGACGGCUCUGAGUUCCUCUCGUUUGAUGAUGAAAACUCAAGGUGGAUCGCUCCAGUUCAGGCUGCUGUGCCGACCAAACUGAAAUGGGAUGACGUGUCCAUCCUUAACACAUACACCAAGAGCUACCUGGAGAAAGAGUGUGUGGACUGGCUCACCAAGUUCAUGGGCUAUGGACAAGAAGAACUGAGUAAAUUUUCUCCCCCAGAGGUGCAUCUACUUACAAAGAGAUCAGUGACUAACAGCAAAAAGCUGACCUUGACCUGCCUGGCCACGGGUUUCUACCCUCCAGAUGUGGAGAUGCGGGUGAGAAAGUCCACAACUUCCCUGCCUGAACAUCUGGUAGCAUCUUCAGGAGUCAGACCCAAUGGUGAUGGCACAUACCAGCUGAGGAAGAGUGUGGAGAUCCUGGAGGAUGAAAAACCACUGUACACUUGUUAUGUGAACCACAUCACUCUGAAGAAUCCUAUAAUUGUAGGUGAAGGACAAGAUUGCUUUGACUGCUCCGUAGCUUCGAGUGGUAUCAUUGGAGCAGUGAUUGGAGUUCUGUUGGUGCUGGUUGGGGUUGCUUGUGUCAUCUAUAUUCUUUAUUCCAAGAAAUAUAUUGUCUCUCCAGCUUUCCCGAACAUAACAACAAAUGAACAACAAGCUGUGAAUGGAAAUGUGGCAUAUAUUCCAGCUCCUAAAGCUGAUCUGGAAGCGAUGGGACAUGCGAAUGGACAUGCGAAUGGACAUGCAAAUGGACAUGCAAAAGGAUGUGCGAAUGGACACAAGAUUGGCAUCAACUAAAGUUGUAAUGCAUUAAUAUUUUAAAGCUGAAUAUGUUCAUGGUGAAGUCUUCAGGACAGAAGAGUUUACUCUUUGUAGUUUAUUAGUAACAUGACAGGAGGGGGUUUUAUUUAGCGGGUUUGUCAUUUGAAGUUAAAGGUGUGGUCACCGAUGUUUGUUGACAUUUGAAAUCACCAAAACAAACACGCCGAUAUCCCACCCCUGUAUUGAUAGCUCCGCCCACACAUACAUACGUUACCCAGGCGACUAACAGAAAGAAACGUUACAUCAUAGCUGAAGGGAAGAACAGUACGAUUGCAGAUAAACAAACAAAAAAGCGCCUUGGCGUCUUAAGUAAAGUCGGCCACAUAUUCACAGGUCGGAGUUUCCCGAGUCGAUAACUCCUGAGCUAAGCGCUGUUACUACACAAAACGCGGUUGUAGCUGCCUCUCUACAUUACUAGGAUAGAAAAGAGGUGUUAUUUGUGGAGUAACAGCGUUUAGCUCAGGAGUUAUUGACUCGGGAAACUCCAACCUUUGAAUAUGUGGCCAACUUCCUGCUCCUUCAGUUCUCUCCAGCGCUGGAAAGCUGAUCCUAUAUUACCACGUCCUACUUCUUGCCUUAUCGUAAGUCUUUCUUCACUUUCUUUAUUAGUUUUUAUCCUCCAUGUCGAUGUUAAAACUGCUUUCUGCUAAGGUCACACAUGCGCACUGAACACUCUAUCCGCCCUAUUGACAAGACACGCCCCUUUCUGCUCAUUGGCUACAUGUUUGUUUUGUUUUUCUUCAGUUAGUUGUCCCGACUCAGUUUCUGAAGCAUUUCUCAAACAUCGGAGACCGCACCUUUAAUAUAUAUAAUGUAUAAUAAAAAAAUCUCAGCUUGUCAUGUUCCUGAACAACCAUAAUGCACCAUAUCAGUAAUUGCAACAUAUUUUAAAUUCAUUUAUUAUUAUUAUUAUUAUUAUUAUUAUUAUUGUUAUUAUUAUUAUUAUUAUUAAUAAUAAUAAUAAUAACAAUAAUAAUAAUAACAACAAUAAUAAUAACAAUAAUAAUAAUAAUAACAACAAUAAUAAUAAUAAUAAUAAUAAUAAAUUAUUAUUAUUAUUAUUAUUAUUAUUAUUAUUAUUAUCAAUCCUUCAGCCCCAUUUCCUGUUUAUUAUGUGAUUUAAUGUAAUUACAUUUUAAUGAAAUUUAAAUGAAAUUCAUUUUCAGACUUAUCUUUAAAUCUGGUCAUGUUUGUGUCCGUAAUGUUUUUCUUUUUCUUUACAGCAGCAUGAAGACAAGGAUCUUAGACCAAAUGACCACAAAAAAGUUUUAACCCUCAUGCUGUCUUUUACAUUUUAAAUUUAAUGUGGUAACAGAACUGGGUACGAAUUUCAAUGUUCAUGCUUUUAAAAACAGUUGACACAACCUGCAUGUUUAGUAGGAAGACAUCUAACCACAGAUGAUCAGCAGCUAAAGCAUUCUGCACACACGAGUCUGUAUUAUUAUCAGUUUACGUCAAUUCACUGCUUGCUGUAUUCUUUAAUAAAUAAACAACUUGUUCUCAGCUAUA